GACCUAUCACAAUGCGCAGCUCCAAUGCGCAUGCGUCAGACGGCAGUGUGACGUCACGAAACAUCAAUACGCUGAAAAUCAACCGUGGAUCUUGUGUGCGAGUGUUGUGGCCGUUUUUGAACAAAUUUCACACAGAUAAUGUCUGCGGGGGACUCGCUCGGGGCUCCGGCGGCCGGGGGCGGCGACGACGGCAUCGUGGGGGGCCCCAGGACGCCGCAACAAGUCGCCGCCCAACGCCGCCUCCAGCAGACGCAGGCCCAAGUCGACGAGGUCGUCGAUAUUAUGAAAACCAACGUCGAAAAGGUCCUAGAAAGGGAUCAGAAAUUGUCCGAAUUGGACGAUAGAGCUGAUGCACUGCAACAAGGAGCGUCUCAAUUUGAGCAGCAAGCCGGCAAACUCAAACGAAAAUUUUGGCUGCAAAAUCUCAAGAUGAUGAUAAUCAUGGGAAUUAUCGGUUUGGUCAUAUUAAUUAUUAUCAUCAUGAAAUUCAUGCCGGAUAAGGAGGCUGCCGCCGCUCCACCGGUUUACGUCCAACCGCCGCCGCCGCCACCGCCGGCUAACGCGGCGGCGGCGACGGGCCCCGCCCCCGCAGGGGCCGCCACCAACGGCUAGGGCCGGCACGUGGCCAAGGCUUGAGGUUAGGGCAAUCACUGGUUUUCUUUACCGUUUUAGAGGCUUUAAACAACUCUGUACAAAGUUAUAAAGACAUUUCGCCGUGUUUAUGGAGGUUACCAUGAUUUAUGUGUUAGAUGUCAUAAGUACAUAUAUUAGAGCGGCUGUAUGGGGUUUAGCUAUAUUGUAAAUUUGUUAGUGGACUCAUGAUUUCACGAGGCUGUAUAAAGGUUCAACUAUUAUUAUCAGUGUAAUAUACAUAUUGAUAUUAUCUAUUUAUUAUCACUUUAUUAUUAUGAUUACCAAAUAAAUAAUAAACUAUUCAAUAGGUU